AUGACAAUGACACACAACGAGAGCUUAAUAGUAAAGUUAAUUAUAAAGAUUACAACCAUAUUAAAUGAAUCUAUUUACUUUGAACCUCAUUUAAUACACAAGAAUAAUGAUGACACUGAUAGCAAUAUUACAAGUGUCAAGUAUAUUUUUCCUAUCAUGAUUUCUGAUCAACUUAAAAUAAAUGGAGGCUGUUUACCAUUAGAAGUUUAUAAAAUAUAUGAAAAAACAUGCCACGUAAGUACUAAUACUACUGUUGAUAAAAUGGUGUAUGUAAAUAGAGAAAUAAGUAUCUUUGAGUUUAAAAGAUUGGUUUAUGUGUUAUCAUUUUGUUACCAAAUAGUUUACGACUGUAUGUUGUACUAUGAUAUUCCUACGAAAAAACACCAAAUAUUUCAAAAAAAAUUUUAUCAUCAAUAUUUAUCAUUGAGUGAAAAUAGGUUUUCCAUCAUCUUUAAAAAUUUUGUUGGCAUAACCUUUAAAGAAUAUAAUUUCUACGUUUUUAAAUUCAUAAAGAAAAAUUAUGAGAUUCUAAAACCUUUUAUUUCUGCCAUGCAAAAUAAUGAUUAUGAUGCCUCUAUUGAUCUAAAUAGCAAUUUUGUCAUGAUCGAGUAUAUAAAAUGGAAAGGUUUAGCUCGUGAGUUAUUAGUAGAAUGGUCUAAUAGUAACAAAAUUAGCUCUAGUUCUAACAUUUCUACUACCUACAAUACAACAAAUAAAAUUAUUAUGUUACCCUUUACUUAUACUCUAACCAAUUCUACAAAUUUAUAUCACAAUAAUUGUAAACAAAAUACACCAAUUAGAAAAAAGAUAUUGAUUAAUAGAAUACCUGAUUUAAAACAAAUUAGUGAUAAUACAACAUAUAUCAAUAAAUUGUUGGUUCACUUUGAAAAAUGCAAUAUUAACGAGGAUAUGGGUUUGGCAUAUAAUUUUUUUAAAGCAGAAAUAGGUCAAUUUGAUGUCACUACAAAUCUAACGGCGUCGUGUUAUACAAAUACCACUUAUAAUGAUUAUUUUGGCAUUAAUAAUGCCCUGAUUUCAAAAGAUAAGGAGGAAAAAGAUCAUAAUACUGUUAACUACGCUGAUGGUGAACAUAUUUUAACCAAUUUUCAAUUGGGUUAUAGAGACUUUUGUAAUUUCAACGGGGCUCCCCGCCUGCUGAAACACACGUAUUUGGCUAAUGACCAUUUUAUGCAUAAUUAUUGCCGUGAAAAUAUGAAUGACACCUGUGCUCUAUCUAAUAUUCCUGGUAUCGUUAUUAUUGAUAGACUUAAUAUUGAUUCUAAUACUGACACAAACACAAUCGGGGGAAAAACUACGUUAAUUAAUAAAGUCAAAAAAAAAGGAAAUGCCGGCAUUCCACGUAUAACAUCCUCUUCGAUACGUAAAUUACCUGAUCUUAUAUACAAAAACACUAUUGAAGGUACUUUAAAAUUAGACGAUGAUAAAAAAAGAGAGGGGGGGGGGGAAAUGCACACAAUAGUCAAGAUUUUGAUGAACACUACAGUUUAA